CAUUUAUAUGAAAAAGAAUAAGAUAUUUUUCAUGCAGUAUUAUUUUUAUAAUGCAAAAUUUACAGGAAUUUCUGGCUUCCUUUGUCGUAAACUUCAGAAGGCAUUUAUAGAUAUUUUAUUCGUGUAUUGAACAUGUUUUAUUAUAUUUUAUUAUGUUGUAUUAUGUUACCCCUGCACUCCGAUAUAUGUGAUAUAUUUAUAAAUUUUCAGAACGGAAACAUAAAUUUACAAUUACAGAAACAUGCUGCGGAAAAAUAUAGUUCAGCUGUUUUAUCUGCCGAGAAGAACAUUUUUGUUAUAUUCUCCGAGUAGUGGGAAAAGUAUUGAUGAGCUGGAGAACUUCAAUUCCCUCCCGGAGAUAGGGAACUCCAACACCAACCCUGUCAAGCAUAAACAUUACCUGGAGAACAACGACGUCAGGACGGACGGGAAAUUUUUAAAUAUUUCCAUCUUGGGAAUUCCGAACAGUGGGAAAAGUACACUCAUCAACCGAUUAAUGGGAAAACAGGUUUGUCCUCCGUCCUGCAAAAACAACACAACACGGAGGAAUGCUCGAGCAGUUCUAACCCAAGGAUCAACUCAGCUUGUGUUCCUGGAUACACCUGGAGUAGUGGAUGAGGAGGAGGCGAGGAGGUUUAAACUCGAGGAUUCUCUUCUCAAGGAUCCAGAACUAUCUUGUCAAGAAGCAGAUUUGCUUUUAGUGCUGCACGAUGUCUCCAACAGAUACGUUAGAGAAGGAAUUGAUAAAAAAGUUCUAAGAUUGUUGUGUAAAUACCAACAUAGAGUUCCUUGCAUUCUUGUUCUUAACAAAAUAGAUUCAAUGCCAGAAUCUAGAAGAAUAUUUGAUUUAAUCCGUAAACUGACCUGUAACCGGCUGGAUAAUGAAUCUGGAGAGAUUAAAAUAUCUAAAACUGAUCCAAAAUGGAGUGUUGAGUCCUACUUGAAGCACAAGAAACGGAGGUCUCUGCUGUGUGCGGAGGAGGAGAGGAUGGAGGUUGAGAGGAGGUCAAUGGAGAGUAUAAUCAACGAGGCCAAGGACGGGAUGGUAGAGGAUGAGAGAGCUCUGGAACUAGUACAAGGACUGCUGGGCUGGCCGGGGUUCAGGGAUGUAUUUUCUAUCUCUGCGUUAAAAGGAGAUGGUGUAAAAGAUUUGAGAGACUAUCUUUUAGACUCGGCUAAGGCUGGUUCACACAGAUUCUCCUCAAAUAUUCUCCUAGAUGUAGAUCCUAGACAAGCAGUUCUAGAUAUAGUCAAGAGUAAACUAUUAAACAAUCUAGAGGGAGAUAUUCCUAGAGCUCUCAGUCCUAUCCUAGAACUCUGGCAGUUUGAUGAAGAGAAAUCAGUUUUGAGAAUAUGCGUGUCCAUUCAAACCAGGAACAGUCGCCAGUCAUCCAAUCUGAUAGGUACGCAUGGAAAAAAGAUUCGUCAAAUAGCUCGAGAAGUUGAGAAAAUGCUCGAGGAAUUCUUUGAUCAUCGAGUAGUGUUCACAAUACAGCCGAUACUUCACAAGGAUACCAGAAAGUUAAAUCCACAAAAUGAAGAACCAAAAGAAAAAACAGUUUUUGUGUGAUUAUAUUUAUAACUGUUAUUGUGAUUUUUAUUUUUAUUAUAAAAAAAGUCGUCAGAACUUUUUUGUAGCUCAGGGAAGUCAGAAAUCUGUAUUUAUAGGGUUUCUAAACAAAAAAAAUGGAAGAAUGUGAGUAAGAGGAUCAAUAUUAGGAAAACCAUUUAAAAUUUUUGUUUAACCCUGUAGCUGUAUUGUCAUGCCUUCAUUCACUUACAUGUGAGGAAUUUACUAAUAACCCUUUGCAUUAUUAUUAUCAGUGUGUCAAAUACGGACAGGGUACGGUGUCCCAACAUGUUAACAGUUUAAAAUGUAAUCUUUUUUAUGUGAUUGCGCAAGCAGAAAAUAAUACAAUAUUACAAUAUCUUGUGUGUGCUGACUUUAAAUUAUUUUUCCCGAUUUAUAACG